AGCGUCACAGUUCAAACUCUGCAGCAAGACCGCAGCGCAGAGGAAAUGUUGCACGGCGGGCAGUCCAGCGAGGCGCUCCUGCUCUUCCCCUGCCCCGAGGAUGAGGAGUCUCUGCUCUUCAGUGCCUCGGCCCUGUGGGGAGAAGGGGGACCCCUGUCCGAGGCGCUGCUGCCCCUGGUCGAACUUUCCUCCUCCGGGGGCUCCCCUCGGCCCCUGGUGCCCUGGCCCUGCUACCUGCGCUAUAAAACGGAGCUGUGCACACGCUACACAGAGACUGGCACCUGCAAGUACGCAGACAAGUGCCAGUUCGCCCACGGACUGCAGGAGCUGCGUGCACCCUCCCGCCACCCCAAAUACAAGACAGAGCCCUGCCGCGCCUUCCACACAGCUGGCUUCUGCCAGUACGGUCCCCGCUGUCUCUUCAUCCACAGCCCAGAGGAGCAGCGGCGGGCAGAGGAGCAGAGGCAGCCCCACAGCAAGUACAAGACCGAACCCUGCCGUUCCUACCGGUCCUCCGGCUUCUGCGCCUUCGGGAGCCGCUGCAACUUCCUCCACGAGGAGGAGGAGGAGGGGCUGGCAGGGGGGCUUGGGGCUGGGUCCCAAUCCAGCUUCUCCUCCUCCCCAGGCCAGGGCAGGCCCACUCACCAGCAGUGGAAGCAGCAGCGCUCUGUGGCUUGCCGCACUUUCCUAGCCUUUGGUUUCUGCCUCUACGGGGCGCGGUGCCGCUAUAAGCACAGCGUAGAGAAGCGCCAGCCUGAGCUGGCAUCCAGCACCUGGCCUGUUUCUCCUUCUCUGCCACCUUCCAUCUACAGCCUGGGGCUUUCCAACCUGGCCCAGCCCGGUGGGAGAGCCCCCUCCCCAGCCUCGGACGGGCUGCCCUGCUCCUCUUCGUGUUCCUCCGUCACCCCGGAUUACCAUGGCGACAGCCCCUCGCCAGUGCCGCCCGAGCUGCUGGCUAACAAUGCGUUCACCUUCACCAACCAACACAUCUCUGACCUGCUGCUGCCCCUGGCCUGGAGACUGCAGGACCUGGAGGACCGUCAGCGGGGGCUAUCCCCAGAGCCAGGCUACCUGGAGCUGUGAGCACAAACUCCAGCACCCUGCUCGCAAACUGGGCCCAGCUUUGAUUCUGGUUAAUCGGCAGAAGCGUUGUUGGUUUCCAGCGGUCCUCCUGCAGUGCUGUGUCUCGAACCAGUUCUCUUCCAUGUGUUCUACACCCACACUAUUUCAAACAUUGAGCAAUUGUUAAUUCUAUUUCUUUUUAAUCCAAGCAUAGCAGUGUUGCUUUUUUUUCAAUCGGGAAUGUGUGUGUGUUUUUUUU